AUAGGAACUUACUGAUAUGCUAUGUACACACAGAUUGAACUUUGAACAGUGUGCCUAUAAUGACAUGAUUGAUAAACACACACUGCUGAUGGAUAGAAGGGAGAGAUAAUCCUCAGCAGAUUUCAUUUCGACAGUUGCCCAAGAAAUGCUGCUCUUCUUAUUCCUCUUCUUCCCUUUAAUUAUAAAACAUUUUUAACAGAUGACCACCACCACAAGCCAAAGUCACUUGUUUUCUUCUUCCUUCCUCUUAAGAUUGUAAAAACUGGUUUAUUAUCUCUCUGAGUUCACAAGACCAUGACUAUCGGCAAGAGCUCCAAAAAGAACAAAGCCCCUCAUUCCCCUCCUUUCCUGGUCAGGGCUAAUGGAUUCUACGGGCGCCUGAAUGAGAUGGUUGGAGAUGAUGUACAGGUGGAGAGAAAGCCCACAGAAGACCAGAUAGGAACUUUGAGGAGACCAGAGACCAGAGGACAGAUCCGAAACAGCCAACACAACACAACGGGCCCAAGUUGGAUAGAAGAGGAUGACCAUGUGUUUGACUUUAACCUGGGAAUGAUAGAUGAUGAUAGGACCAAUUUACUGAAGAGAAAGCCAAGCAGACUGAGUCAGCGCUGGACCAGAAAAUGUUCUAGGAAAGAAAAAUAUGACAAAUCUUUCUCAGCGAAAGAAAGUGAAGGUACUGAGACUGAAAAGAGCCCCUUUGUAGAUCCAAAUCCAGAGGUGCCAGCAGUGGCCCAAACCCUGGAAGCAGCAGACAGCAGAGAAGCAGAACCAGCACUGAUCUCUGUGAGGGGGCAUGUAGAUAAUCAGAUUCUGAUUUCAGGAAAGAGAGAGUGUAAAAGUGAACUAGAAGACACAAGAAAAGAGAAAAAGACAGACGGAAAAUUGGAUGGAGAAUCAAUGGAAGAUGUAAAGAGGAACACUCUCAAGAAUUAUCACAAGGCUCUGGACAGAGCUUUCCGUCGAGGAUGGGAGACAUUUGUUGCCAAUCUGUACAGUGUGACGCUGACACCUAUCUCAUCAACAUCCUCUUCGUCCUCACUAUCAGACAAAACCAAAAUGAACAGGAAUCGAGCUUUGGCAGAAUUCAGAUAAAAGACGGACUGUUGAUGUGCAAAUUGAUCUGUAAUUUCAUUUAUGAAUAUAAAUGUGCUCGCAGAUUUAAUAUCUAUUGUUUUGUUGCACAGAACCGAUCAGUACUGUUAUUGUGUAACCUGACAUGAGGGGGUCAAUAUUUGAACUUUUUAUCAGUGUAUAUAUUUGUUAUCGCAGCACUAUUUAGCAGGGGCGUGUAGCUGAUCUUUGUUUCUUCGCAGGAACACAUGAGGCCUAUGCCCUUAAUUAUCCAACAUGGAGAUAUUUUUCUAUUCUGGAUGUGAUCAAAAUGUUUGAGCUGUGAACAGUAUUGAGGAGUUCCUGUAUUUUGGCCAUGAACUUGAAUUCUUCCGAAGAUUACAAAGAUGACUCGAAGGGUUAACUCACAAAAACAAAUCUGGUCACUCAAAAAGCUUUUCUAAAAUGUCAUCAAUAACAUCACUGGCAUUGAAGUAUAUACGUAAAUGACUGAGGCAAUAAUUAGGGUGAAGAGGUAUUUUGGCUUUUGUAUAUCUUCCUGACAAACCCAGUUUCUUAAUAAUUAUUAUUGUUUUUUUUGGGGGGCCAUUUGGUCACUCAAUUCUGUUUUACAUAAAAAAAAAAUUUAAUUCUACCAAAUUUGCAUUAUUAAAAACCGAUAGUGAUAAUACUUACUUAAUAAUUAUUACAUGUAUGCCUUAUCGCCCAUGAGGGACUCCCACAGGUCAAAUUUAGGUAAUGUUUUCAAACAGCAAUAAUAGUGUCUUCAUAGGUUUCAACACUUCACAGACUGCAGUACUGCCUCCGUGCCAUGAGGACACAUAUGUCAGUUGGCUGUUCUCUUUGUCUAUGUCUGGUAUGGAAUGGUAGCAGACUGUUUACUGAAUUUAAAUAAAAUAGUUUAUGAAACGGUAUGCAUCAUGCAAUGAUGAAUAAUCAAACGAUAUAUGCUUCAUUGAUGUCACAUGAACUAAUUGUGAAGCAUGUUUAAUUCAGGUAAUGUCAUCCAGUUAUAAUCUCAGGGGGGAAAUGGUUAUUUUGCUUUUUUGAUCAAGUAUUUUGUGAAAUUUUCUUAACUUUUGACAGUGUGAUCGAAUAAUGAGUCAGGAAAGAAAUGUUAAAAAUGUGGGCUGUGGCUAAUAUUAUUUCUGGUUCAUUCAUCACUCUGGAGACGUAAGUUGAACACAUUGUAGGGAUACAGCAUCCCAUGCAUGUGUGCUGUUGUAGACUUUACUAAAUGUUUUGAUGAAUGUGGCAGGUCAUCCAGGUGUUUAAUGCAAAAUGUAUACACUGCAUACUGCAUAGCAAGUAAGUAGAGUAUGAUACAUGGUAGUAUGCUUUUCAGAACAUAGCACACUAACUGUACAAGUACCCGUGUAUUACAAAAAUGGUGCCAUCUAGUGAAGAAAAAAACAUGUGAUGAUUGGAAAAAAAUUUUUUUUUAAAGAAAAUAAAUAGAGAUUUUCUUUAGCAAGUCAAGAUUCAACACUCAAUAAAUCACUGCAGUAUCGAGCUGCACAGCUGUGAUUUCAAUUUGUAGGUGAAUCUGGAAGGCUUAUUCAACAUGGGCUCCUUCAGGAAUUUCCCAUUGGUUUUUAUAAUGAUGCUUUUCAAUGUAUUAUUAGUAACUAAGGCCUGUGGUAAACUUUACA